AUGGGAUUUCGAGUUUUCUCGCUUAUCCUUUCUUUGGCCUUUCUCCUCCAUGUGAAUGCUGCCCCAGAGAUUAUGCCUGCCACAGUAGUGGUUGAUGGAACUAUCACAGUUGCCGAGACUGAUGAAAACUACGUUUGUGCUACAAUAGAUUGGUGGCCUCACGAUAAGUGUGAUUACAAUCAUUGCCCAUGGGAAUAUACUUCUGUUGUAAAUUUGGUAGGGCUCUGCAAUUCAUCCGCUUCCAGCUUAGAUGCUUUCAGGCCAUUGAGGAUAAGAAUAGGAGGGUCUUUGCAAGACCAAGUUCUAUAUGAUGUUGGGAAUCUGGGUUCUCCUUGUCAUUCUUUUUUCAAAAUGAAAGGUGGGCUGUUUGGGUUUUCAAAGGGAUGCCUAAACAUGGACCGAUGGGAUGCACUAAACAACUUGUUCAGCAAGACAGGAGCCAUAAUCUCAUUCGGCUUAAAUGCUCUUCAUGGAAGGCACAAGAUCAAGAAUAAGGUUUGGGGAGGACCUUGGAAUUCUACUAAUGCUCAUGAUUUCAUCAGUUAUACCAUCUCAAAGGGAUACAAGAUAGAAGCAUGGGAAUUUGGUAACGAGUUGAGUGGAACUGGUAUAGGUGCAAGUGUUAGUGCUGAUACCUAUGCAAAAGAUGUGGGCAAACUUAAUGAAAUUGUGGAUGCGUUAUACAAGAACUCGAACAAAAAACCUUCAAUUAUGGCACCUGGAGGUUUCUUCGAGCAGGGUUGGUUUGCUAAGCUUCUUAAGAUUACGGGCCCUGGAACACUUAACACAGUAUCUCAUCAUAUGUACAACUUGGGAGCAGGUGUUGAUCACCACCUCAUUGAGCAUAUACUGAAUCCAUAUUAUUUGAGCAAGGUGUCAAAGACAUUCAGCAGCCUGUCACAAACCAUUCAACAGAAUGGUCCCUGGGCUUCAGUAUGGGUUGGAGAAUCUGGUGGUGCUUUUAACAGCGGUGGGUUUCAUGUAUCUGAUACGUCUGUAAACAGCUUUUGGUACUUGGAUCAGCUUGGCAUGGCAGCUGCAUACAAUACGAAAGUCUACUGCAGGCAGACCCUAGUAGGUGGACACUAUAGUCUGCUCAACACUACAACAUUCGUCCCGAAUCCUGAUUACUACAGUGCCCUUCUCUGGCAUCGACUGAUGGGGAAAACUGUCCUGGGUGUGACCACUACGGCGUCACCUUAUCUACGCUAUUAUGCUCACUGCUCCAAAGGGAGAGCAGGCAUUACCUUAUUGCUAAUCAACAUGAGCAACAACACCGACUUCAUAGUCAAGGCACGAAGCAGGUCCAACCAGAAUCUGCAGCAAACAAGUGAUGGUGCCAGUUCAUUUGUUAACAGCCUCAAGAGAUCGGUUUCGUGGAUAGGAAGUGAAGUGACAGACGGGUCAUUGUUCCGAGAAGAGUACCAUAUGAGUCCCAAAGAUGGGGACCUUCAAAGCAAAACCAUGCUUCUAAAUGGUAUCCAGUUACAACUCACAGAGAAGGAAGGCAUCCCAAAUCUCCAACCCAUCCGUUCCCGUCUGAGUUCUCCACUAUAUAUAAGCUCAUUAUCCAUUUCAUUCAUAGUGUUUCCUAAUUUUGAUUCUCCCGCCUGUGCCUAA